UUAACUUGAAGCAUGUAUUAGCUUAUCCAUCACCGUUUGCCGCCAACUACCGUGUACCCAAGCUUGCAAACCCCAACCCGCGAGAAUGUCGCUCUGGGGCUGCGAAGAGCUGUAUGUAACGGGCCUUCACGCGGAGGUCACGGAUAUCGAGUGCAGGAAUAUCUUCGGAACGCAUGGAGCCGUCAAGGAGGCCGUAAUUGUGCAGAAGAAGGGCCCCUCGGCGCCUGGCGCACCGCAGUCAUGCAUCGUCAGGAUGAUGAACCACCUGGACGCGGUGAAGGCCAAGAAGGCGCUCAACAAAACGGACUGGAACGGCAAGCAGAUUAGCGUCAAGUGGUCUCACAACCAGCGCGUGCUGUGGGUCACCAACCUGCACGAGGCGGUCACCAACGAGGUCCUGCACGCGGCGUUCACGCAGUUCGGCGCCGUGAGCAAGGCCCUGGUCGCCUGCGAUGCCCCCAACAACGCCUCCCGAGGGUGGGGCUACGUGGCGUUUGAAAACAAGCGCUUCGCUGUAAAGGCGAUUGAGUCUUGCCGCGAGCGGCCGUUCCUGGUGGGGCCCGGCCUGAAGCCCGUGGUGGUGGACUGGGCGCGGAACGAGGAGCUGGUGGAGGGCUUCAGCGAGGAGGUGCGGCUGACGGCGCACGCCAAGGCGCCGCCCACGCCGCCGCUGGAGGGCGCAGGCCACUUCCCGCCGCCGGGCAGCAAGGAGGGCAUGCAGGCGGGCCGGCUGCUGGCUCUGCGGCACGAGUACGACGAGCUGCGGCGGCUGCUGCGCAUCCGGCUGGCGGAGGCGGAGGCGCAGGUCAUGAUGACGGGCAACGCGCCGCCGCUGGGCCAGAUGCUGCUGGGUGACCCGCACAUGGGCCCCCGGCCCGGAUUCAUGGGCGGGCCGCCGCCGCCGCCCGGUCACAUGGGCGGCGGACCGCGGCCGCCGCCCGGCGGACCGCCAGGCGGCGGCUACGGCCCUGGCGGCGGUCCGGGUGGAUACGGCCAGCCGCCGCCGCCGCCCGGCGGGCCUAGGGAUGGCGGGCCCGGCGGUGGCGGUGGUGGUGGCGUGAAACGCGAGCCGGGCGACUACCGGGCGGUGCCGCCGCCGGGCGGGCCUCCGGGCAAGCGGCCGAUGCUGUCGCACCCGUCGGACCAACGGUACGGCGCCCCGCGCCAGGAGCCGCCGCCGGGCCCCGGAGGCCGGCCGCAGCCGCCGCCGCCCCCCGGGCCCCGUGACGGCCCCGCCGGCCCCAAGCCGCCCAGCGGCCCCGAGGCGAACCGUCCUAGCCCCUACGCCGCCACCUACGGCGCCUAUGCCGCCCAGCAGCAACAGCAGCAGCCCCAGGCCCAGGCCCAGGCCCAGCCGGCCCCUGCGCAGCCCCAGGCGCAGCAGCCCCAGCAGCAGCAGCCGCAGCCGCAGCAGUCGCAGUACGGCAUGCAGCCCGUUCAGACCUCCCAGCCGCAGCAGCAGCAGCAGGCGGCGACACAGUACGGCAUGUACGGCGCGCCGCAGCAGCAGCAGCAGCAGCCGGUGGCGGCAGCGGCGGCGCAGGGCGUGUACGGACAACAGCCGGCGGCGCAGCAGCAGCAGCAGCAGCCAGCGGCGGCGGUUGCGUACGCGCAGCCGGUGGCGGGGCAACAGCAGCAGGCAGCAGCGCAGCAGCAGGCAGCAGCGCAGCAGCAGGCUUAUUACGCCUACUACGCACAGCAACAGCAGCAGCCGCAGCAGCAGGCACAGGCCUACUAUGCCCAGGCACCCGCAGGCGCGGCCCAGCCCGUAGUGCUCGCCACCUACACCGUGGCCGCGCCACAGCAGCAGCAGCCGGGCGCGGCGCAGCAGCAGCAGCAGCAGAUGUACGGCAUGGUGGCGGCGCAGCAGCCGCAGCAGCAGCAACCGCAAAUGUACGCGCCGCAGCCGGGCCAGGGGUACUACAGCGCAUCGUGAGGAGGGCCGUGAGGACGGCCGUGUGGAGGGCCGUGAGAACGGCUGCCGGCCUGCGUCAGACACGCCGCAGCGGGAUGCACGCGCGGAGCGUGCUACAAAUGUCUGACUUGCAAAGGAGUGGAGCACUGCGUUCGAGCAAUGUGCGUUUUGGACACGUGUGAGAUGGGGUUGGCAGUUUCACCGACGCGGCGGAAUGCCGCGAGCGCGGCGCAGGUUGCGUUGACGUGUGGUGGUGGUGGUGGUGGUGGUGGUGGUGGUGGUGGUGGUGGUGGUGAUCGUGGUGGUGGUGGUGGUAGUGUUGGUUGCAGCCGUACUUUGGGUCGACGCACGGGGGGCGUCGCAACACCUUGCGUCAUUGCGAAGAUACAUGCUGUUGUUUCCAAGUACUUCGUGUUCCACGGAGCCAGCGGGACGUGGCUGGACACAUUUUGCGGGCCGUGAACCGACCCCGGCUGUGUCCGAGGAGAUGAGGUAGACGCUUGCGGCCUCAGACUAGAGACGUAGCGCGGGCGCAGCCCAUUUCUCACAUGCGAGGGAGACCGCAUGUCUUGUCACGGAGUCACGUGUAACCUAUGCCACCCGGCUCUGCUCUGGAAGCCCGGGCCGACUUGCUCAGGGCAAGACCGCAGCAGACAGCGCAGAGAGGUAGUAGAGCGCGAAGCA